AUGUCACCAGCCUCCGUCGAAGUUUAUCACAGAUCGGACGAUGCCGAGCUGUACCGUGAAAACGCCUCGUUCGUCUAUUCGGACGAUAACACUGCACCAGUCUUGCAGCUGCUUGGUGCUGAGCCUGGUGAUGCCAUUCUUGAUGUUGGCUGUGGCAGCGGUGAAUUGACUGUGAAGGUCGCAACGCUAGCGUCGAAGACAGGCACCGUGUUGGGCGUGGAUGCAUCUGAGGACAUGAUCUCCAAAGCUCGAGGGCACGAGCCUUCGUCAAAUUUUUCUUUUGAGGUAGUUGAUUGCCACGAACUCCAAGCUUGGCUCGAAGAGCAUGGUAAACAGGCAACUUUUGACAAAGUCUUCAGCAGUGCAGCACUGCACUGGAUGAAUAGAUCUCCUUCCCGCGUGGCAACCGGUAUGCGCUCUGCAAUCAAGAAAGGCGGCGUGCUUGCUCUCGAGAUGGGCGGAGCCGGCAACGUCAGCGCUGUGCGAAGUCUUCUGCGUCGGCACCUCGCGCAGCGCGGUGUGGAUCCAUCCAAAGUCGAUCCAUGGUAUUUCCCCACCGUCAAAGAAUACACCGCGGUGCUCGAAUCGGCAGGAUUCCAGGUUGAGCACGCCGCGCUCGUCGUGCGACCUACACCAUUACCGGAGAGAUCCGGGAUCAGGGGUUGGCUCAGGACGUUCGCAGGGCCGUUCUUGAACGCGUUGAAGUCGGAUGUAGAGCGCGAGCAAGUCGUUGCUGCUGUAGAGAAGGAGCUGGUCGAUGCUGCUACGUCUGAGGCAAGUGACAAGGGCGGCGAGGAAAAUUUUGAAUCAACCUGGUUCGAUGCCAGCAGUGGGCAAUGGACCGCUCCAUAUGUUCGUCUCCGUGUGAGGGCGAUUGCUCAUUGA